AUGGACCCGCGAUUCCGCCUACCACCUUAUCCCGUGAUGCGCACGCAGGUGGCAAACCCACUGCUUCCGCGGCUACCGGAGCAGUUCAAGUUGCAACCGCAAACGGCAUUUUACCGGUCGAUGCCGGCCGUCUUGAGAACAGUGUUUAUGAUGUGCUUUGGCCGCGACGGCGCGGAGGAUGGGCGCCCGGAUCAAAGAAACAUGUUGAGGCUGGAGUAUGCGAAGGCGCUGGUGGAGCCAGCGGAGACUCCGCAGAUGCGAGUGCGAAAUGGCGAAGGUUUGCGCGCGAGCACGGCGCUAAGAGCGAAGGAUGGAGAUGGAAUGGACGACCUCGGCGGUGGCGGGAGUUCUGCUUCCAUUGGAGAGAGGAAUUUCCCCGGAAACUUAGCUGAAGCCGAAACCGAUGCCAAUGCUACUGCCCGCUCGGGAACCGCCCCUGCGCUACGGCUCGUCCGCGAGAAGAUCCGUCGAGAGGAAGUUAUCGAGGAUGGAGAACUGCAGACCAAGAAGAGGAACCAAGAAGAGGAGUACGAAGAACCGGAUCUCCUUCUAGUCCCCCGUCGGGGCGUACUACUGGGAGUGGAGUCGAGCGGAAGUUAUCGAGGAUGGAAAACUGCAGACCAAGAAGAAGAAUACGAAGAACCGGAUCUCCACCCGGCCUACACUCUCCGGAACGCACCGCAACCGAAAGUCCCCUCUCCACCGGAAUCAGUAAACUGUUACAGUCCUACUGAAAGCGGUUAUAUUCGGCCGCCGUCGCGACCAGCCAUCAAGCCAGCGACUAUCAUAAAGCUCGAUUUGCUGGUGAGCGCGGUGAAGCAGGCGAGCAACAAGCUGCCGACCGGAAGCCCGCUGUUUCCAAAGAUGUUUCAACUGCGGACACAGGUGGUUGCGUUCCAGGAUCUGGUGGAAUACGGGAGGGGCGCUGUUCCUGCGGUACCGAAGAGGAUACAGGCGUUUUUGAAGCGGUUGGAAGAGAUUGAGGAGGAGCUUCGAGUUGAUACGGAGGAAGAAAUUGAAAUAUUCCAUCGGAACAAGCAAACCCCAAUGCCCAAGCGGAGGGACCUGCACCCAAAGCAGAAAGUCGUGUCACGUGAUGGCUGCUACCGAGCGAUAUCCAGUGCUCCACCCGUCUUGCCAAAAACCAUCACCACCCCCGGUGGGUGGCUUGGAACCCCCAAGAGCUAA